UGGAGAGUGAGUGCUGACUGUGCUGUAUAUUGGAAUCACUUGUAACUUGUGUAGAACGCAGACAAUUUUUUUGCAUUUUGUUUAUGGGUAGCUCUGAUACCAUAUUACGAUCAAUUUUUACGCUGUUUCUUAUUCCAUUGUCCAAACAAUUUUCAGGCUGCAUCGGCACGACAAUUUGUCCGCAAAACGUUAACGCUUCAGUGUUUUGCGUCCUAUUGGUCUAUCAGCGCUAUUCCGUUCCAGUACUGCUACCAGUUCCUUCUUUGACAGAAAGCAGAGACACGAAGUCUUAAAAGGGCAGAUUCGAGCCAUUUCAAGCUCUGCGGCCCGCUACGCCACCGUAUCAUUAUUGGAACCUCACGAGUCACGGUAGAGGAGAGGACGCAUAGAAGGCAGAAGCCAGAAGAUCUCUUAAACGGACUGAACUACACAAACCUUCGCGCAAUGUCAAACGCUUCCGGAAUGACCAAAAGUGAUAUCACGUUGCUGCUGGAUCGAUGUUGUCCUGGCUGGGACAAUUGGGAGUGGAACGAGCCAUGCACGGCUCCACUUUCCAAGGCACUCCUGGAAGAGAAGGAGGCGAGGCGCAAUGUGCAGAUGUCCCUUUGCAUGGAGCUGCGGCGUUAUUUUCACAAGAAGAAGCAAAAAGCGAUGAUAUUUUAUGGCCGCUGGGAAAAUAGCUCGCAAUGGGUGAUUGUGCACAAAGAAGCUGGCAUCGUGCGCCUGAAAGAUUUCUCCAUUGAUACUUUGCCCGGAAAACGUGACUCUUUUUAUCAAAACAUGCCACAAAGCGGGAAAGCGGUCUUGGACAAAUGGUACGAAGUGGCUGAUUUUUUUUUCCUGCAUACGGACGCGCAAACAAAUAUUGUCAGGCUCGCUGGCUUCGAAUAUUUUGAGCUCUGGAAGAACCGUGCUCAGUCUGCGUCUUUUGAUAAGGCGAACUUCAUAGAAGCGAUCUUGGAAAUAUAUGCUGCUCUCCGCCCAACCGGAUACGUUCUUGUGGACGUUUCUAAUCCUAAUGACUGUCUGCAGAAUCCUCCAUCAGAGACUAUGAGUACGCCUCCCAGAGAUGAGCGGAAAGUGACUGAAAAGAAACCACCUCCGCGGCUCCAGAAAGGCUCUGAAGCAGAAAAAAAGCUGCAAACGGAAAAAAUGGACGAACUUUUCCCGAACUGGAGUGAUCCAGCAGAGUUUACUUGCUACACAUAUCCACCGGUGUACGAGCCGACAUAUCAAGGACCGACCGAGAAGCGUUUGCAGCUAUAUGUACAUCGUCACAAGACGCUUAUGGAAAAGCUUGAUGUAGAAAUUUCAGCGAUGGUCGAUGAAAAACAUCAAAGCUCAGAGAUAAUACAAGCUCGCAAAACGAAAAAAGAGCGGGAGAUAGCAGAUGCAAAAGAUCGGAAUUAUGGACUGAAGAAAGCAGUAGAUAACGCGAAAGGAUCGGCAGCCGAAUCUCUUGUAUUAAUGGGACUAAAGCGGGCAUUUGCUCGCCAUAAAGAAAAAGCGUUUAUUCUCACGAGUUGGGAUUUUCCCACAGGUAGCGAUGGUGCGGAAUUCAGUGAAAGGUACAAGCAAGUUCGUGCACAGCAAUCAGCCAUAACCAGUGUGCCGCUUCCUGAUCCGGCUAGCUCAUCGAGUGCAGAAAACGUGGUGGCUUUUGGAAGCCCAAAUUUUUCGACCCUUGAUAGCAAAAAGCCAGAUGGUGCAAAGACUAGAUCUUCCCUUCCGGAUGUGGACGUCCUUGUUAUUCACAAACAUGGAUUGACAGUUUUCGAAGUGAAAUCCGCGGAAACCGUUGAAAGCCGCCGCAAAGCUACCGAGCAGCUUGAUACCAUACUCUGCGCCUUCAAAGCAUACGGUAUUGACACGCAAUACAUCAAGUCUUUUAUAUUCUAUCAGUCAAGCGACGCUGCCAUCCGCGAAACAUCGUUGCCUCACAAUCAAGUGGACAAAACAUGGUUGGAGAAGCUGUCAACUCCCACACCUACGAACCAAAUUUGUCCUCUGGUCGAUUUGUGGCCGGCGUCGGAAGAACCAGCUUUCACCUUUGAUAAUUACAAACAGGCAGUGGAGAAGAUAGUGAUGCCGAAAAUUUUAGAUUAUUCUAUCCUAAAUGGAUAUGACAAGUUGGAGCUAGCUUUGCUACCUAAACUGGCAUUACCGCCUCCACCGGAUAUUUUCCCAAAAGUUAAUCAAAUGCAGCAAAUCAAGCGAAAACCUCGCGGAUUAAGACCAGUUUUUUUCUUAAACUGCGAGCAACAAGACAUAUGGAACGGUGGCAGUGAACGUUUUAUGUACGGUGAAGCAGGAACCGGGAAAACCAUUUUGCUGCAGUACAAAUGCUUAGAAUUAUUGAAAUCAUCCAGCAAGGAUAAGGCGAUCAUUUUGGCACCGCCGAAGUUAGCAACUCAAUACGAGGAUUUUUUACUGCGUACGCAUGAAAUUGAGUCAGACCGCUUACGGAUUGUGCAUGUGUCUAAGGAUGAUCCUUUCCUGUCCAGAGCACGUCAAAUUAUCAGUGCAUUUUUGCCAUGCCAUGUGUUCAUUGAUGAAGGACAUUUGUGCUUUUUUGGAAUGGCACAAGAGCUGUAUCUGAUGUGGAAAUACAAGCGUGAUAAUCAUAAAGCCAGUCUUCCGCUGUCCCGUGAGCUGCACUUUUGGGCAGCUGCACUGCCGGAUAGCUUUACUGGUGACCUUUUGGACACACUGCCGUGCACAGAGCUAAAAGUAUCCCUGCGGUCUGCUCGAAAUCUUCAGCUGCGUCCCGCUAGCGACAGCAAUCUGCUGUUUGACCUGAACGUUUACGGUGAAUUGAUUGAUGGUGAGUACAUAGUCAUACCACCGGGGAAGCAUGACGUGACAGAACAACUGCAUAAAAUGGUGAUCAAGUCAGCAAAGCGGUUCAAAAGUCUGGGAAUUCAGGAAAACAGCAUUGCUGUCAUCUCCUCCGCAGCGGUUGAAUAUACAAGCAAUCUGGAAACAGGACUCAAAAGGGAAAUGCGGCAGCUUCAAUGUUACACCGGUAACUACGAUUCGGCUACGCCCUUCUCAGAUCCCCAUGCCCUUAACAACACCCACGAUAUACAUUCUUUGGAAUUUCAAGCAGCCAUCACCAUAUGUGACCCCGACAACAGAAACAUGGACUUAUCCAAGUUUGAUGCCGCAGAGCAUGCCAGAAGCCGGGGAGUGAUCGGUUUGUCCAUUAUACGGUGCUUGCCUGUUUACCGGGAUGCAAAGGCUGACGGGUUGGUAUUUACGAAAACGGGUCAGCGAGCGGAUUUGCUAAUUUACGAAUCCGCCGGAAAAGUGAUGCACGGUUGGCAUUUUGCUGGCAGAUACAUUCGUGCGUCCAACCCGUGCCUCCUGCUAGCAGAAGCCUUCAAGCGCUCGGCUGACGAUUUGCUUAAAAAAUUGGAAACACUAAAUCAGAAGCAGAAAAGGUUCCGCAUUAUCCGCUACGCACGAAGUGUCCCAGGUCAGAUCAACCAAGAGAAAAAUCCAGGUGCCCAGUAUGUCUUUGUUUUCCCACACGCCACAACGCUGUCUCGGCACGAUCUGGAUACUCUGUUCACACCCGGCAUUAUGGUUCGUUUGAUGUGUGUAGUGUUUAACGCUAGCGGGAAGCGAGAAGUUGUUCAUCCAUAUACUGGAAGUGUUCCGGACUACGAUGAUGAAUUUUAGUUUUUGGACUAUGUUACCAGCUACACAACCCCAUGUGAGCUAUUUUAAAAUUUAAGAUACAGCUUGGUGUAAACAAUACUUACUGGCCAACAGGAGAACUGAGAGACCAUCAUUAGUUUUACAAUUGGGCAUAAGUUGAUAACUGAAUCGACAGACUUCCAGUCUUCUUUGCAUCUCUAGUUUUGCCGUUUUAAUGUUUGCAUUGAGUGAUCAUCUAAGGUUUUGGAAAUUCCUAGCAGUUUCUUAAUGUGGAUGUGUAUCCAAAUGUGCUGUAUAGCGCCAAGUUUACACAUGCCAGAUGGUCAACCCUGGUAUAGUCCAGUGGAAGUCAUGUAGCACUUUGAUUGUGUUUCGUAAAUUAAGUACCGUCGCCAUUGGAUAAG